GUCAUGUGACGCGGCUACUUGUGUCACGUGACGUUGUUUUGCUUGACCCGCGGGCUAGCAGACUCUAAAGUGAAGUUGAAAUGGCGAGAAACGAAGAGAAGCAGCAAGGGAGACUGAACAGACUCUGGCUUCAGAAAGAGAGAGCGGAGGGACGUCUCAAAGAUGUACACGAGCAGAGACCCAAACUGUCUACUCUUAAUUCAGCUUCCUCUGUGAAGAAAUGGAUCCCCAGCAUCAAGAAUGAAAUAGAAUAUUAUUUGCAGCAGUCCCAGCUGUCUCACUACCCAGAGAGGAAGAUAGCUGAGUUCCAGCUGCACAUUGAGGCUUUAGAAAAGGAGUACAAAAGCUUUGUCUCCAAGCUACGAGUUCUUGACCCCUCCUGCAAACAUAAGCCAUGGACUCCACGAGCCUACUGCAAAAGGAGGGCAGACACACUAGAGCCUUCAAUUAUAGCAAAAAACCUUCGGCCCUGUGAGUCACACAACAGGAGCAGACAGCGGAGUGGAGGUGAGAGUGACUUGGCCUGCAGUUGGGCAGGAUGUUGCAAAACCUCAGAGAGACAAGCACCUGUCAGACAUUCAGAAUCCAGCCUUCAAACCCCCGCCGCCAUCCCCAUCAGCCCCAUCUUAGAAACCCCAGAGAUUGUCUGUGCAGACCAGGACCAGCCCCUCUCCUUCGACCAUACAAGACUAGCGGUGGCCGCUGCUGCGUUCAGAGGCCCGUCAGUUCUGCAUGGCUCCUCUCAAACACAGAGCCUGGCCAGGGUGCUGCAGUCUGGCCUUCCAAAUCUUGUUAAUGCUUCAUUAAGGCAGACAUUUUCAGCCCAGAGCAGACACACAGAACAUGAUGUGUCAACAAUGAGAUCUGUUGUUGGACAGAAAAAUGCCCUCCAAGACUGUAAGUCAGACUGUGAAGUGGUGGAGACGACACCUGGGAAAUCAUCCACCUCGGGGACAACAGAGGAGAGGAUGGGUCAUGUCCUGGGACUAGACUAUUACUCUUCUUCUGACGAGGAGUGUGACACGUGAUGUUUUUUGAUCGUGAAAUGUAACGGUCCACGUUUUUCUGCAUUUCCAAUUACAAUCAAGUAUUUUAUAGAUCUUCUGAAGAUUUGUAAGUGGUGUCAUAUGGACAAAAUUAAUAUUGUGAUGGUUAUGAUGGCAUGUCUGAGAAUCACAUGUGAAAAAAGCAUGUGUCUGUUUUUGAUGUCAUGACAGAUUUUAGUAAUUGGGAUAAUACAAUAUGAAAACGUAAAAAAGAGCUGAAUGUUGGUAUUUAAUUAAAAAUCCAGUCAUUAGUUAAGGGGAAGAGUUUCAAGUUUCAAGAAAGGCAUGAGUAAUGUUGUUCAUUUCAUGGUGAGAAAUUCAUUGCAAUUUUCAGGCUUUACUCCAUUUGUGUAAUCAGUCAUCCUGACCACAACUACCUCCAUUAUGCAACAGAAAGAAAAGAGAUCGUGUGAGAAAGACAGUAAUUGAUCGAACUA